AUGAAUCCUCUAGUUGAGACUCUUCUCCUGAACAAUGAAGCUGCAACUCUAUUCCACUCUAAUCAGUGUCUUUCACGAGCUGCCGACGCAUACCAGAAAUCUCUGUGCAAUGUCCAGAGCCUAUUGCGGGGACACCAUCAUACUGCCUUGAUGGAUCCGCCAUUGCAUUCCACUCUGGUUUCACCUGAGAGAUGCUCGCAUUACUCCUUUCCCAAUGCGAGCUCAAUGACACCCUCUCCAGCUCGUGAUAACUUUUAUCUAUUUCAACGGGCCUUGUAUCUCAACGCACCAUCAGCAGCAGAUGUAUCAUCACCAUCCAGCCCACAAGCCAUAUGCCAGGCACUUCCCAUCCUGGGCUCGGUCGUCUUGUUCAACUCUGCAAUCUUGUACCACAAGAAUGCAGUAUUGACAGGCGAGUCCUUCAGCUUGGACAAAGCCCAGCAACUAUACAAGGCAAGUCUUCAAUUUGCAACCUCGCAAGGGGCAACCAACCCCACCGACUGGUUGAUUACUAUUGCGGCAAGCAAUAACUUGGCACAAAUCGCUUAUGAGAAGGGCCUAAUUGACGAAGUCAACGAACGGCUCGAUGAUUUGUCCUUUCUCAUGUCGAGAGGCGGAUCUCUCGAGCGACUUCAGGGUAUUUUUACGGUGGCAGAGAUUGAAGGAUUCCUUUCCAAUGCGGCUAUGACCGGUGGAUUCAAAUCCUCUCCGGCUGCCUAA